AUGAAUUCUGCAAAGUCGAACGACGAACAUGGGAAUCACGGCCAGGAAUCUGCAAAGAAAGAGAUGAUGAUAAACGGGUCAUCACGUCCUUCUCCAUUGAAGAUCCACAAAGAGUCCCGUUUGAUUCAGAAACAACAACACAGACAACCUGUUAUCAUUUACGCUCAUUCACCUAAAGUCAUACACACCCAAGCUCGAGAUUUCAUGGCUCUGGUUCAGAGACUCACCGGCCUCGACAAGACCACCUCCGACGAGAACGAUUCUUCCUCCGUGCUCACAGACGAAAACUCCGCCGCAACUAAUAUUAACAGCGCUGCGGCUGCAACUGCGGCCACUGUAAUGAGCUCCUCGUCGUCUUCGUCUCCUUCUCAGGUUAUGAACACGACGAAUAAUAAUAAUCAACAUAAUCAUAUUCCGAUAUUUACUCCGAAUUCGUCAGAUUUGUUCUGCUCUCCACGCCCUGUUUUCAGAUUUUCUGAGACGUCGACGAUUGCUAAUUCAUUGUCUCCUUCCUUUUUGGAGUUCAUGAAAGGAUUACCAGAUUAUUAA